UCGCAGGCCAGAGCCCACCAGAAACACCUGGGUUUUUGCCGGCUUCGGGUCGCUGUUUUGUCGCCGGACAGGAAUGUCCGCACGACCGCACCGCAUCAUUUAAAUGCGGUCUGUUUCUAUGGACAGUCCAUACGAUCUGGUGGUUGAUCUAUCGCGGCGAUCGAUAGUGUGCAGUGUGUUGUGACUUUGGUGGAUUUAAUUGCACUGUACUGUUUUUUUUAUUAUUUGCAUUUUGUUUUUUUAUCGUUUUUGGAUUACUAUUUCAUACGCUUGGACUCAACAUACAGAAACAAACGCUGCUGACGUUCUUAAUGAAAUUAGAGUUUCUUGUUAAUUGUGGCGAGAAUCUGAAUCGACGCAGAAAUGGAGCUGCCAUUGACGUAACAGUGAUGUACCGUUGACCAGAAAAUUAGCAAAGCAAAAUGUUUUCCAAUGCGACGGUGUCCUCGCGCAGCAGCUCCACGAAGAGUGGCAACAGCUGCAGCAGGAAUUCGUCGAUGCCGUCGUUGCGAAUGAGGAAUCCUUUGUCACCGAAAACGUCUUACAAUCCUUUGUUCAGACAUUCGGACGCCCUGACCAGUUUCGAUGCAUCGCAUUUCAUCUUUCAGGAACAGAAAAUGGAAAAAAUCAGAGGCAAGGACAAACAUCCGAUUCUCAGAAGGUAUAAUUCACACGAUUCCCAUACGAAUUUCGACAUUCGCAUCGAGGAAUCCAGUGACGUUACCCCGGAUUCGACCAAGAGUCGGAUAACUAGUUUAUCCGGGUCGGACAAGUCGGACGACAGAAAGAGAUUGAGGGAGUACGAAGCGAGAGAUUUUCUGGAGAGAUAUUCACUUCCCAGAGUGGUGAGAGUGGGGGACAGCGAACCUUUACUUCUCUACAGGUGUUUCGACAGCUUCACCAAAAUUCAGGCGAAGGGUAUUAUUGGAAAGAAGGGCAAAGAAAAAAUCGAUGAAAACAAUUUGCAUUUUCCCGAGGGAUAUUCAGGGUGGUUUUCAUUGACCAACGAAAAAGGUGAGAGGAGUGCAGUAUGUCACACAUCCAUCCUGCAUCUGGUCCGAGAACAAGUAUGUUCCUUUGUCAGUAUGCAACCGUUCACCGCGUAUGCGGCACACACAUCAGAUGUGACAGACGGGAAAAUACAAUAUUUGAAGACGCAAGUUAGAGGGGGACAGCUGUUUCAAUUGAGAGCCGUUUUCCAGCACAAGGACAGACCUGAUGGUACCGGAGGCAGAAAUUCGACCCGGUCCUCGAAAAUAUCUCGCAACGCCCGAGAUAAAGACCUUAACAAUAGAUACGCUCAAUUAGUAAGCCAAAACAAUCAGGAACUCUACGUCCAACUAACUACCAAAGGAGAAUUUUACGAAAUUCACACAUCGAUGAAAGCUCGUCUGUGUUUUCCUGGAAUGUUGGACAAAACGGGACCUUUAGCUUUAGACAAAGACUGUCUUUACAAAAUAUCGCAUUUGUUAAGAAGAGUCGCUUUACCUUUGAGAGUUAAGCUAGUUUUAGGAGCUCUACCAACAGGAUUACCAAAAGAUUAUACUGAUACAUUCAUCCUCGAGAAGAAGUUCCAAGAACCCCUGAUGGUAACGUGCACUUUGCCACCGCCGACACCGGAGUCCCGACACCAAAUCAGCUGCAUUAACAUCAAUUCAAAAUUGAAAAUUUCAAAGUGCACAUUGGGCUUCGACUCGGAAAAUAGGCUUUUCAAAUCGCAGCGUCUCCAGUCGGCGUUGGCAUUCUGUCAUAAAAAUGUGGAAAACUGGUAUCGAGAAGUGCGACUUGAAGCCAACUUCAAACCGCCGGAGGACAAACAGACAGAUAGUGUUUGCAAGGACUGUAGAAAAUUAAAGACGUUGUGCAAUGAACACCGGAUGGAACAAGUAGAGGAUUCGAUUUAUUCGGAACAAAACAAGCAAUUAAUUACGAAGGAAGUGAUAGAAAAGUUUCCCAAACCUAAAAAAUGGUAUAAACAUUUCAAAAUAUUGGGAAGCGGAGACAACCAAGAAAAAUAUUCGGACAUUAAAGACCCCAUGGAUGGAAUGGAGAAAGGCAAGAGUAUAGAGCGAUAUAAGGACAUGUCCAAGCUCAUAGAAGAAAAGUUCGGCAAAAAGAGUUAUAACCCUGUUAAAAAAUCAGCCAGUUUUAUGUUUUCCACCAAAAGAAUUGAUCUAGAAGAAAUCCCUUGUAAGAACAAGCCAGCACUAUUAAAAUGCCAGAGCCUGGACACACAAUUAAGUACCAAUGGCGACUACAACAAAGCAAAUAUUAGACGUAAUUCUAGAUCGAACGUUUCGGAUAGUCUGAGCUACGAUUUCCAGAUGUGUAUUUUGGAAAACGACAGUAGUUUGAUCGAGCCGAGGAAACACUCCAGAAUAGGUAGCGAAAACGACAUCAGACAUCGAAAUUUGCAGAUUACAGAAAUUAAUUUUGACGAAAUCAGACCUGUAACGGAUGUUCCAAAACUGAAAAAGUCUAAGCCUGAUUUAAUACCAACCUUACCAAAGGACGACAAUAAUGAUAGUUCGUUCAUCACCGAGCGAUUAUGUUCAGAGUUCCAUGUAAAAACUAAAAUCCAAAAGAAACAAAUGAAAAAUGAAAUUAGGGGCAGCGGAAGAUUCCAGCAGGCGAAUUUAUCCAUUUUCGACGAGGACAAGGUGCAUUCCACUAAGAAAUCGGUGGUUGUUCAGGUGCACGAAGCCAAGCCUUUGAAAAAGGUGCAUAAAAGUUUUGUCAACUUAGAGGACAUACCAUAUAGUCACGUAGCGGACCAAGUUUGCGAAAUACCCUCCGGUAAAAAAGUGGAGGACGAGAACAUUUACGCAGAGAUUUGCGAAAACCCAUCCUGCACUUGUGAUAGUAAAAUGUGUAGUUGUAAAAGGACAAAGAAAGACAGUGAAUAUUGCUAUGUGAAGUUGGGAUCUAAUGGCGAUUCUGUAAUUCAGUCGGAUUCCGACGAAGCUAUUUACAAUACUUUACGAUAAAAGUAAAUUUAGAUGUUGUAAAUUAAUUUUGUAUAUAUUCUUCAAGCAUGAUGAAAAUACGAUGUAAUUUAAAAAUAAAUAUUUUAAAAUAUUCAA